AAAAAGCAAAGGAUGAGCCAAAACCGGUAGGUCAGGUUCGGAGCCCGGGCUGGCAGAGCCCAGGAGACCCCUGGGAACGCUAACGCGCCUGAGGAGUGCGCAGGCGCAGAACCUCUGGCUCGCCAUCGUUGUCUUUGUCUGCUGGCCAACUUUUGUGUGAUCCCCAGGAGCUACUUUCUCUUUGCCUUUGAAAACCUUUGAGGGUUCUAAGAACUCAGCUGAAUUCUGGCAUGCUGCUUUGACUCCCGACCAUAACGGCCAAGUCCUGUGUCACUUUGUCUAUUUACAAGUUUAAAGUCACCAGUUCAAACAAAAAGAGCAAUGGAUGAUUUGAGAAGAAAUGUAAAGAAGGGUCUUGCUAGAAAAAGCCUGGGAAGUUUAUAAACAGAUAAAGAUACAACUUGAAAGUGAAGUCUCAUUAUUCUCUGUGAAAAUAUAGACAGGAAAAACUUAGACAACCUAGGAAAAAGGAUUUCCUUGGAGCACAGACAUUGUUUCUUCAAGACUACACUUCUGUGUAUGGGAUUCAGUUGAAGAGCUUGAAACAUAAUUUAUACUUAAAUAUGGAAGAAGCAGAGUAAGAAAGAACCAUUAAUAUAGAGAAUGCUAUAUCUAGCUUAUUCCUUUUUGUAAUCAUCUCAUCUCAGGAUAACCAAUGUGAGAAAAAUCUUCCAUCAUUAACUCAAGUUUGUUAGAUACCUGAGAAUUAAUACCAAAAAGAAAUCACACAAGUUAAGUGAAAGGUGGAAAAGCUUUCAUCCUUACUGCAUUUCUGUAGCUACAAGGGAAACCUAGGAGAAUAAUCCCUGGGCAGGACAGGAAUGUUGGAAAGUCUUCAGCCUGAUUCAGAUCUCCUUCAGCAUGAUGAAAUUCAUACUGGACAGAAUCCUUAUGAGUGUAGAAAAACCUUCAGCCUAAAGCAAAACUUAAUAGAGUAUAGGAAAAUGCAUACUGAAGAAAAGUCACAUGAAUGUACUGAAUGUGGUAAAGUGUUCUCUCGGGUCUCAUCACUUACUCUACAUUUGAAAAGUCAUACAGGAAAGAAAUCAUAUAAGUGUAAUAAGUGUGGAAAAGCCUUUGGACAAAAAGGAAACUUCCUUUCUCAUCAGAAACAUCAUACUGGAGAGAAAUCUCAUGAAAGUGGAAAGACUUCUAUUAAGACGCCAUCCCUCAUUAAACAGAGAAAUCGUACAGGAAACAAACCAUAUGCCUGUAAGGAAUGUGGCAAAGCUUUUAAUGGAAAAUCAUAUCUCAGUGAGCAUGAGAAAAUUCAUACUGGAGAAAAACCUUUCGAAUGUAAUCAAUGUGGAAGAACCUUCAGCCAGAAGCAAUACCUCAUUAAACAUCAGAACAUCCAUAGUGGGAAGAAACCCUUUAAAUGUAAUGAGUGUGGGAAAGCCUUUAGCCAGAAGGAAAACCUCAUUAUCCAUCAGAGAAUCCAUACUGGAGAGAAACCUUAUGAAUGUAAAGGAUGUGGGAAAGCUUUCAUUCAAAAGUCAAGCCUCAUUAGACACCAGAGAAGUCAUACUGGAGAGAAACCAUACACUUGUAAGGAAUGUGGGAAAGCCUUCAGUGGUAAAUCAAAUCUCACUGAGCAUGAGAAAAUUCAUAUUGGAGAGAAACCCUAUAAAUGCAAUGAAUGUGGAACAAUCUUCAGACAGAAGCAAUACCUCAUUAAACAUCACAAUAUUCAUACAGGAGAGAAACCCUAUGAAUGUAAUAAAUGUGGAAAAGCCUUUUCUCGAAUCACAUCACUUAUUGUACAUGUGAGAAUCCAUACAGGUGAUAAACCUUAUGAAUGUAAAAUAUGUGGGAAAGCCUUCUGUCAAAGCUCAUCUCUUACUGUACAUAUGAGAAGCCAUACAGGUGAGAAACCCUAUGGCUGUAAUGAAUGUGGGAAAGCCUUUUCUCAGUUCUCAACUCUUGCUCUACAUAUGAGAAUCCAUACUGGUGAAAAACCUUAUCAAUGUAGCGAAUGUGGGAAAGCUUUCAGCCAGAAGUCACAUCACAUUAGACACCAGAGAAUUCAUACUCAUUAAAGCUCUAUGAAGGCCUUGGAGGUAGGAAAAACUCCAGCAGAAUUUAUACUUAAUAAUAUAUCAGAAAACUUGUUUUACAUUAAAGUGACAAAAAUGUGAGAAAUCCUGCAGCAACUCAAAAUAUAAAGAUGUUUAAUAAGUAUCAGUACAGUGAAAACCUAUACCUCCGAAGGGGAAAAGCUUCCACAGUAAACACUUAAUAUUGUACUUUUAUGAGCAUUCAUGUUGAAGUUUUGAAGACCACUUGCAUGAUUCUGGGAGGCCUGUGAGAUACAUUGAGACAACAAUAUGAGAGCUAUAAGGACUUGAAAUUGAAGAGACACAAUUAUUUUUUUGUUAUGUGCUUUGCUACAUGUGUACUUUGUAAAGCUAAUCAUCAAAGUAUUUGACAGUGCAGUUGUAUAAAAUUGAAUUUGGGGCAGAAUACUGAAUCCAUUAAGCAUGAAUUUAGGGGUAAUUGGUAAUUCCUAGAGUUGGCAUCCAGGAUUUAUGGAUGAAUUUUAAAAUGGUCUCAGGGUAAUUGAUUCUUAAUUUGAAAAAUAAAUAGACCUCUGUCAUCAUUAUACAUUAAAAUAUUUAUUUCUCUUGAAAUCUGAAACUAUUGAAUGCUGGAAUGCAAAAAGCAAAACUUAAUAUAAAUUUUAUACAUGCGUGUUUUUAAAACCUUAGGGUGGGAAAGAAUUUCUAAAAUAGAUUCCAGAAUAGAUUUCUAUUUUAGAAAUUAGUAAGUAUAUACUAAGAAGAAGUAUAUACUAAGAAGAAGUAAGUAUAUACUUACUUCUAAGUAUAUAUACAUAUACCCAAGAUACUAACACCUGUACACAGGGAGUAUAAUGUUGUUAUCAGUCUGUUCAUUGCAGCAUGAAAAAUGGUAGCCAAAAAUUGGAAACACAUGUCUGUUGCUUGUGAAAUAGAUGAAUAAAAUGAAAUAUAGUCAUACAAUAGAAUAUUCUUUGGCAGUUAAGUACAAAUUAAAUCUAUGUAUUAACAGUGAAAGAUAAGAAAAAUUAUAUAGAUUGAAGAAAACUGAAGUUAUGAAAAAAUUGUAGAGAUACCUGUGUAAAUCUAAAUAAAAUCAACACUAACCAACCCCAGUUACUUGCAUUGGUUAUGGAUAAACACU